CUCAACUGUUUGUCACAUCAUGGACUCGUUCAAGUCGUUUGUGGAGGGCCUUGUGUCCAAGCCGAACAUGGUUCCUGCUCGCCAGGCUGCUAUCCAGGCCGCUCAUGUCCCGACGUACAUGAAGGGCUCGGGUGCGCGCGUCAUCUCGACCUCGAUGGGCCUCGCUGCCCUCGGCGGCAUCGUCGUCUCGGUCGGCAUGCUCAACCUCGCGUUCGGCAAGGGCAAGAAGGAGUAAGAAGCCUGCAGACGGAUAAACGCUGUUCCACCCCCC